CUAAAAUCAGAAUAAAUCAAAAUAUAUCAGAAUUAAUAUCAGAACUUAUCAGAACAAAAUCAGAAUUUUACCUACUAAUUAUUUUCCCCUUUUACCUUCCAGCCCCCCACCAACCACUAACAAAUUCAUCCACUCGUCGAAGAAUACUUGUUUUACUCAACCCUUUUAGUGGACAACAACAAGCUUUAAAUCUGUGGGCAAAUGAGGUUGAAAUGAUUUGGAGAGAAGCUGGUUAUCAAAUUGAGAUAAUUGUUACUGAACGGCCUUUUCACGCGACUGAGUUGGCAGAGCAAAUUUGUUUGAAUAGAGUGGAUAUAUUGGCACUUGGAGGAGGCGACGGAAUUGUUUCAGAAGCGCUUCACGGUCUCUGUUCCAGAGCAGAUCACGAGCGCGCUCUUCGCCUCCCAAUUUUACAUUUACCUAUGGGUACAGGGAAUGCUUUAGCUUCUUCAAUUGCUUACCAGGCAAAUGAACCUUUCCCUCCACGUGGCUCUUUUUGUCAACAAAUGGCUUUAAUGGCUAUUCGGCCAAAUUUUAAUCGUUUAUGUCUUUAUCAGGUAGAAAUUGAAGGUGGAAGAAGAAAAGGACAAAAUAAUAAAAAUAAUAAUCAAUGCAAAAUAAUGUUCCUCUCGUUAAGUUGGGGGCUAAUGGCUGAUAUUGACAUUGGAAGUGAACGUUUUCGUUUCCUCGGAAUGGCACGUCUUCAUUUAGAAGCUUUCCUUCGAGUAGCCUUCCUUCCAUACGUGGCAAGAUAUAAGGCUCGAAUAUCUUAUUUGCCUUUACCUGAAGGACGGCUACGUAAUAAAAUAAUGGAAAAAAUGAGAAUGAGGGUUGAGGAGAGGAGGGAGGAAAUUGAAAAAGAGGAAGAAGAAAAUGAAGAUUUUGAGGAGAUGAUUAAAGGAAUUGAGAUACCUCCACUCGAUCAACCAGUCCCCUCAAAUUGGCAAACAAUUGAAGAAGAAUUUUGUUUUGUUCACAUUGCUGCCCUUUCCCAUAUUGGCUCAGAUCUUCCUUAUAUUCCUAGUGCAAAGCUUGAUAACCCUGUACUUUUUCUUACUUUUGUUCAAUGGAAGAAAAUUUCUCAUAGAUUACACAUGGCAAAAAUAUUGCUUAGUAUUGAUACGAGUGCUCAUUUAAAUGACCCUGCAUUUGAGAUAAUCCCCAUUUUGGCUUGCCGAGUAAACCCAGAAAAGGAUGCUGGCGGCUUGUUAGCAUUGGAUGGUGAAGCAGUAAUAAAUGAUGGGAAGAAUUCUUCAAUGUCCUUUCAAGUCGGUCCAGGUAAUAAUAAAAAUGCUACAAUUAUUGGACGUCAAAGGAGAUGA